AACCUAACCCUACCCAGUCUUCAAGAUGCGUGGCAUUUGCCUAUACCGGCCGAACUGAUGAAUCGACAGGAUGGCAUUGAAAAGCACAAGAUCAGCAUGUAUGGCAGAGGCAGUUUGAUUGGAAUAGGACUUGUGGAUGUCGACGAUACAAAGCAGCAUUUGCUGUUAUCGCCGCAGCAGAUUCAGCUGUUGCACAUUUUGCAGCAGAAUCAGGCGCAUCUGAACGCACAGCAAUUGCAGACCUUACGCCACUUGCAGGAGACGUACGCGAUUUUGCAGCAGGGCGGUGGCAAAAUGCCGCAGCGUGUAGUCGAGACACAGAACAGCAAUCCAGUCACCGAAGCGGUUCCACGCGAAGCGCCGCCGCCGCCACCACCACCACCUCCGCCGCCGCUUCUGCCAGCAGCAAUAGCCAGCACAUCGGAGCUGAGCUUGAGGACUUCCCCUUUGUCCGAGCUUCCGCAAGUUACGCAGGAAGAUUUGCAAGCUUUCCUCGGAAUCACCGGCGAUCAGGAUGAUCUCUCCAAUGGUCUGACGGAUCAGGACGGUCGACAGAAGUUACGAGAGCCGAAAUCGGACCCGAUGCUUGCUGCCGGUCCGCUGUUUCCUGUGAGCCUUACCGCGCAAGAAAAGCUGAUCCCGUCUCAGGUGGCCCGCCAUUACGAAUGCCUCUGUUACAAUACAAUCACCUCGAAUUGA